AUGUCAUUCACGCCCACGACCAAGUGCUCUGCACGCCCUGCAUCCAAGACAAGCCCUGCAUCCAAGACACGCUCUGCACCCAAGACGCGCUCUGCACCCAAGACACGUCCUGCAAAGCAACCUCCCCCGAAGACUAACCGUCCUUCCAUUCCUUGGGUCGACCCCCCAAAUAGGAAUCGAAGGGACUUGGUCAUUCCCUUUAAACCAAAUGUCGAGAGGUAUUCCAUGCAGCGUCUGAGGGAAAUCGUGGUGCUUCCCCCCUUCGAUACUCUCCCUCGUAUCUUGAUCCCAUCGCCCAAUUCCGAAUUGAAGCCUCCCGUGAUGCACUGUGGCUGGGUCGUGAACCAGUCGAAGCUUUUUCAGUAUGCCAAGGACCGCAAUCUUCCCAUACUCUGCAACUCGCGAACCCAUAUGAAGGACACCGACGAGUCGGAGGAGGCGCUCACCGCCAGGGACCUCAAUCCAGAGGAGGACCUCGUCGGCUACUACGUGCUGUUACAGACGACUGUUCAACUUGUGGUCGAGGAUUUGAAGUUGCCUUGGGCUUCUGGCCUGUUGUCCAUCACCUCCCCACUGAAUGCCGACGGUCCGGUCAUCCUUUCAUUGUUCACGAACUAUGACCUCGCACGAGCCCCUUCUCCCAAGUCGGUGGAAACGCUUCGUCUCUGGCUCGAGCAGCCGGAGCAGCCGAAGUGGUACUUGGAUGAGAUGAACUACAAGUGGCGCCUUGGAGAUGGCCGUCGAUGGUGA